GACAUGUUCUGCUUGUCYGUUUGCAUCUCCAGGCAAACGCCGAUCCGUCAGUGAUCAGCUGCAUGCACAACCUGUCUCGGCGCAUCGCCAUAGCCCUUCAGCAUGAGGAGCGCCGCUGCCAGUACCUGACCAGAGAAGCCAAGCUGAUGCUUUCCGUGCAAGACGAGAUCACAACUACGACGGAGACAGAUGGAACCCCGCAGUCUCCAUUUAGACAAAUUCUUCCAAAAUGUAAACUAGCCAGGGACUUAAAGGAGGCCUACGACAGCCUCUGUACAACAGGUGUGGUACGACUGCAUAUCAACAACUGGCUGGAGGUCAGCUUCUGCUUGCCUCAUAAGAUCCACAGGGUCGGUGGGAACUACAUCCCCCCAGAGGCACUAGAGCGCAGUCUGAAGGCCAUAAGGCCCUAUCAUGCCCUGUUGUUGUUAGAAAGUGAGAAGGCGCUGUUGGAUCAACUUCCUCUGGACUGCUCACCUGCGAUGGUGCGCCUGAUAAAGACCUGCUCAGCGGUGAAAAACCUGCAGCAGCUCGCCCAGGACGCUGACCUGGCCUUACUUCAG